AUAGAGCGAUCCAUUUUCUUCACAAGGGUUCGCUCAUAAAACCAAGAGAAAAAUCGAGCUGUAGAAAGUUUAGAAUGUGCUUUCGGGAGAAAUCGUCCCCGUGAAGCAUUAAACAAAGGAAGCGCACGUGUAACACCUAACCCUAAAACGCGCACCGAAGUCUGAUUUCAAUUCAGUCUCAUUGGUAAAUACGCAUUACGUCGUACUAUUUCUGCUCAGUAUUUUAAAAAUUGAUCUCUAAUAGCUCACAGGAGUGCGUGAAGAAAUCGGGCGCAUGAUCUGCAAUACGAGAAAACAUGAUCAGACAGGGAUGGACGACGACUGAAGUCAGAACUGAGAAGGUUUGUUGACACUUCAUCUCAAUUUGAGAUUUGAGAGUAAACAAUGACUCAUACUCCAACCAACAUGAAAAUUCGCAGACUCUACCUAGUGUACGUGGCCAAGUUCAAGUCACUCAAUAAAGAGCGCAUCUGUCUGACAAAAUUUAAUCUCUGCGGCAUCGAAGCUCCUCGCAAGAAAACCUCCUGACCUAGAGAGUCUAGAGAUAUCUGCUGCUGGAAAACACAAGUUUGCAAAUUUCUUUAAAAGGCAUUCCUCUCCGUAAUGUUUCGAUACCUCUCACUGUUCCUCCUCCAGUUUAUUCUACUUCUGGGCGAUGGACUCGGUAAAUCUGCGGUGAAUACGCGGAUGAAACGUGGCUUAUCUUCCCACCACCAUCACUCGUCGAAGUUAUCAAUAAAAGACCUUGCUCUUGAGUUGGCAAAGAAACACUUACUCAAGAUGAUCCUUGAUGAACAACAUGACUUAGAUAAAGCAAAAGAGAAUGUUUACAUCCUGGAAAGAGACAGGUGCACAAACAUCAAAUCUGUUGGAAAACCUAUCACUCACAACACUCGGUCUUAUACACAAGGAGCUUGGAUGAAAGACCCACUAGGAAUCAUGGGUGCUGAGACCAUAUUUACCAUGGAAAAUUAUUACGCAAAUGUUAUCCAAGCGUUUGAAAACAUGGAAAAGUUCAAGGCUGGUGUGGUUCACAAGACUUAUUCUCUGCCUUAUUACUUUGAUGGAACUGGAGCAGUAGUGUACGGACCAUACCUCUACUACAACAGAGCCAACUCAGCUUAUAUCAUCAAGUAUAAUCUUCUCACAGAGCGUGUGGAGGCUCAAAUUAGAUUAGGCGGCUUUUCAGCGCGAAGGAACUACUAUUGAUGGGGUGGAUAUAGUGGAAUGGACUUAGCAGUUGACGAGCAAGGACUGUGGGUUCUUUGGGGAAGUACUGGAAACAGUUAUCGUUUGUACGCAUCAAAAAUAGAUGUGCGUAAAAAUGCAGUCACCCACACAUGGAGCUUGAGUACAGAGAGGAUGUCCUAUAUGGGAAAUGCUUUUGUGGCCUGUGGAGUGAUUUACUGUAUUGACGAAUACAACAGCAAAACCACUACCAUCAACUUUGCCUAUGACACCAAGACAGGGAAACAGUGGAUUCCCAACAUAAAGUUCACAAACCAGUAUGGUUACAACUCUAUGGUGGACUACAACCCCACAGAAAGAGUGCUGUACGCUUGGGACAACAAACGUCUUGUUACCUACCCUCUCACCUUUGAGGAACAGUAGAUUGGUGCAAAAUUUAAAAAGAGAAUAAUCUAAGUGAUAUGUGAAACUUUUCGAUUGA